AUGCUCACCGAAGCUGAAGACAACACGUUUGACGCACCGUUCAUUAAGUGUUUUGAUCUAGCAUCUGAGCAGAUCUGGGACAUUUUGUACUUCCCCAUCCUCCGGAAGAUUGCAUUCAAUUGCCCACCAAGUGUGACUGCCAGGCUCAGCACAUCGGCCGCAAGGUUCCAGGGCCUCCUUCGUAAGGUCGCGAAGACUGUAGUCAACUUCAGAACUUUGAAGGCGUCCGGCAAAUCCUUGGACCAUGAGAUUGUCUUCGAUGCUAUGCAACACCUCGACGAUGCGACAGUCGAAUCCGAAGCCGCGAACAUCUUGAUCGCAGGUUCUGAUACAACGGCAUUCACGCUCUCGACCGCUGUUCAGCAUAUGAUGAAAGACCCUGCCAUCUUUGUGCAACUCAGAGAGGAACUGAGGAAAAGCGGCGUUGCGGCGACCCCGGAUUUCACGCUCGUGAAACUAGAGCAACUUCCAUAUCUGACUGCUUGUGUGAAAGAAUCAUUGCGCUAUGCCAUGCCCGUACCGGGACGACUUCCUCGAGUCGCACAACAUGGAAUUCAGCCUCUCGUGGUAGGCGGAAAGGUUGUCCCCGCUGGAGCUGUCGUUGGCAUAUCCGCCUACAGCAUGCAUUUCGACGAGAGCAUCUGGGGCGAAGAUGCCAGGAAGUUUAACCCCGCUCGUUGGCAGACCGAAGACGCAAAAGAGCUUGAGAAAUAUCUCGUGACCUUUUCCAAGGGCGCAAGGCAAUGUCUCGGGAUCAAUCUGGCAUAUGCCGAGAUCUAUCUCACCUUGGCGAUGCUCGUCAACCGAUUCCGCCUCGAACCGGAUACGACCAUUACGGCAUCUGAUCUCCAACCCCUGGACCAUUUUGCCACUGAGUACGAAGGAACUGGCGUUCGCGCCAUGGUUUAUGAGGAUUAG